AUGGUGACCUCCAACGAUGCGGUGAGGAGGUUCCUGCAGGAAAGCCUGGCCACGGAUCGCCAGGGCGGAAAACUUCUGAAGAAGAUCGGCAGCAACGGGCACUGUGGCACCCAGGGCACCGCCGAACGCGUGCGGCGCAUCUACGCCAUGCCAGCGGAUCUGCCUGCGGCCUGCGCGUCGACGAACGCCUUUCCGGAACGUGUCAAGGAGCCAAGGCUACCGCCCAAGGGACCUUUGACUAACUUGAGAGGCUCGAGUAGUGCGCCAAACUUGAAGUUCCAGCGCUUCGACACCUCGCGAACAAAGCUCAACUUGAAGCACAACCGGCUCUUCGAAGUUCCGUUUCCGCAGCUCCUCUUUCAACGCCAUGCUCCGAUUGAACGCGAAUGCGCCUGA